AUGUGCCUGGGGGCGUUGUGGGUGGCCCUGCCCGUGCUCUCCCUGCUGGCCUGCUCCGGGCAGGGGAAGCCUCUGGAGGCCCGGGCCCUGGGGUCUGCCAGGGGAGAUGCCCGACUGCCCGCGGCCCCGGGAGGCGAGCAGGCGGGAGGUGCCUUCGACCUGAGGCUGUUCCUGGAGAACAUGAAGAUGGACUUCCUGCGCAGCCUCAACCUGAGCGGCGUCCCGGCCCAGGACAGGACCCGCACGGAGCCGCCGCAGUACAUGAUCGACCUGUACCACCGGUACACCGCCGACAAGUCGUCCACCCCCGCGUCCAACAUCGUGCGCAGCUUCAGCGUGGAAGAUGCCGUCUCUGUAUCCGCCACACAAGACUUCCCCUUCCAGAAGCACCUGUUGCUUUUCAACAUCUCCAUCCCCAGACACGAGCAGAUCACCAGGGCAGAGCUCCGGCUCUACAGCUCCUGCCAAGGCCACGAGACGCCCUCUCCUGAGCGGAAGGGAAGCAUAACCAUUUACGAUGUUGUGGAUGGAGCAGACAUAGGGGACGCUUCUGCGGAAGCCAAGGCCUUCCUGCUGUCCCAGGACAUCCGGGGCGAGGGCUGGGCCACCUUCGAGAUCUCCAGGGCCGUAAAGCGGUGGGUCAGGGCCGACGCCACCAAGAGCAAAAACAAACUGGAAGUGAUGGUGCAGAGUCACCGAAAAGGCUGCCACAAGCUGGAUAUCAGCGUCCCCCCCGGCUCCAGGAACCUGCCCUUCUUCGUGGUUUUCUCCAAUGACCGCAGCAAUGGGACGAAGGAGACCCGGCUGGAGCUCAGGGAGAUGAUUGGCCACGAACAGGAGAGCGUGCUGAAGAAGCUGUCCACCCAGGGCCCAGAGGCAGCUGGGAACCAGGGCGCGGGGGACGUGGAAAGCCACGUGGCCAAGGGGUCCUCCUUAGCCAGACGGAAGAGGAGCGCUGGGGCCAACAACCACUGUCAGAAGACCUCCCUGCGAGUGAACUUCAAGGACAUCGGCUGGGACAACUGGAUCAUCGCACCCAAGGAAUACGACGCCUUCGAGUGUAGAGGAGGCUGCUUCUUCCCCCUGGCCGAUGACGUGACCCCGACAAAACACGCCAUCGUGCAGACCCUGGUGCAUCUCAAGUUCCCCAUGAAGGUGGGCAAGGCCUGCUGUGUGCCCACCAAACUAAGCCCCAUCUCUAUCCUCUACAAGGAUGACAUGGGGGUCCCCACCCUCAAGUACCACUACGAAGGGAUGAGCGUGGCAGAGUGUGGGUGCAGGUAA